AUGGCAGAGGCGAGGCAGCUCUACAUCGGAAACAGCCUAUUCAGGAAGAGGGAGAGGAAGAGAUGGACUUGGAUAUCGCCGAACUCUAAGCACCGAAGCGAGAUCGACUACAUCCUGGUUGAUAAGCGACGCAUAUUACAUGACGUCUCCGUCGUGACGCCAUUCAACACCGGCAGCGAUCAUCGUCUGGUAAGGGCGAGGGUCGUCAUCGACGGGAAGAGGGAGAAGAUAGCGUUAUAUUUGGCGUCGAAGGGAAAACGUGUCCGAGUCUACAACGAGGCAAAGCUGCUGGAAGCCAUCAUGCAGGAAGACUGGUGCCAAGGAGAUGACAUAGAUGAUGACUACAACUCACUGAUAGGGAAAAUGAAGGAGUGUUUAAGGAAGGCUAAAGGAGUAUGCCCAAGAGAAAAGAAGGGAAGAAUCUCGGAAGAAACUACGAAGUUACUCGAGAAGAGGAAAAAUAUGAAGAGGACUAUUGAAGAUCACCUUGAAUAUUCCAUUCUCAGCAGAGUGAUUCGUCAGCAACUAAAGAAAGACUUUGAGGCAUACCGGAUGGAGAAGCUCUUGAAGGCCGCAGAGGAAAAGAAGAGCCUCAAGAAAUGCAAGAGGGACAUGGUACUAUAUAGAUCGGAAGUGACGGCUCUGAAAAAUACAGAUGGAAUACCGGUCAACGAGAAGAGCGAGAUGGAAAAGUUUGCGAAGACUUCUACACCAAGCUCUUUAAGUCUACCAGAAAUGUCCAGUCGUUACCACCACUCCAACAGGAAGAAAACGUGCCACCUAUCCUUGUCAGUGAGGUUGAAAGAGCCAUCGGCUCGAUGA